AAUGACGAAAGUCAUGGAUAUCAUGGAAGAUUUCUUGAAGAUGAUGAGCUGGAAGUAUCUCCGUCAAGAUGGAGACACGAAGAUGGAGGAGCAUACCUUGCAUGCUCAAGAUUGUGUCCACCAUAUUGACCAGACCAAGGCUGUCUGCGUCCUCCAUUCCAUCACGGAGAAGAGUGUCGAAGAAGCCAUGUAUGCUUGUGUGCGGUACAAGCUCAACAUCGACGACAAGGUUAUCCAAGCUGGUCGUUUUGACAAUAAAUCGACGCAGGAAGACUUCACGGGGGUGAUCGAGCAAUCAACUUAUGAUACAGCGAGAGUUCAUGCACCGGAUAAGUGCCAGACCAUGCAGCAGCCUUGUGCUCUCAACUGGGACCUGCAGCCAGACAAGCACCCAUUCGUCCAGCAUCAUUUUUGCACGGAGACACCAAAACUUCCUGCUCCAUUCGGAAAUGGCCGAAACGGGUUCCUCAGUGACCUUCCCCCAACCGUAAACUACCCUGCCGUUCCUGGCAAGCUUCUAGCCAUGGCCGAAGGAAAUUGGGAGAAGCUGUCCCAGGUCGCUGUCCCAGGUGCUGAAUAUGACUCCCCUAAAAAACAGCCCCGUCCGAAAUGUUUGGAAGGGACCCAGGUAGACCUUCUCAAAUUCAUCUACAAAUUAUUGGACAAGUGA